AAAUUAGGUAAUGUUUGGGGUUAAGUUAUUAAAUAUGCAUAAUUGUUGAGACAAAUGAGCAUACAUCUUGUCAACUAAACUUAUUUAUAAUUCUUCGAAUUUUACAUGAUUUCAAGUUAAUGUAAAUUAUAUGAAAUCUCCUUUCGGAAUAUAUUAUAGAAAACUAUUGUAUAUAAAGAGCAAGAAACACUGAAGAUGUAUCAUUAGUUCAGAUCCUACAGUCACAGUACCAGUUACAUCUUCUUCUUCUAGUAUCAAAAAAUGGCAUUUUCAAAAAUCUAUUCUGGAAUUGGAGCAGUACUUUUAUUUGUUGUAUUCUUAGCAAUAAUGAAUAUUUCAUUUGGAGAACAAAGAAUAUGUGGCCAAGGAUUGAGACAAACCAUGGAAAUGGUGUGUCCAAAUGGUAUUGGAGGAUACAAAACAACAAAACGAAGCGGACUAACUCUUGACGAUGAAGACUUAAAUGAUGAUAAUACUGAAGAUGACUUUAAUUUCGGAUUGAGCCUUGAUAUGUUGCCAUUUUUGACUAGCAUGGAAAACAGUGGUUUAGCUAAGAUCCGACGACGCAGACACGGAAUUGUACAUGAAUGCUGUGAUAAGCCUUGCACAAUGAGUGAAAUGUUGUCUUACUGUCUUUAAGUUUAAUUUUCUUUUGAUUUUAACAAAUUGGGAUAUGUGACUGGAUGCUUAGCUUAAUAUCUAUUAAUUUAAAAAAGGAUCUGAAUGUUAAAUGAUCGCAAAUAACUUAUAUUUAAAAAAAAAAUUAAAUAUUUUCUUCAACUUGUCAAUUAAAUAAUUUGAAAAAUAAAAGUAUUCCCUUAAAAUUAUAACUUUGAGAAUUUUUAAUUGAAACAAUGUUUAACGAAUUAUUUUAGAACUUCAAUACUUAAUUUUGGGUUCAAAUCCAGCCUUCAUAACCAAAAAAAUUAUUUUGGGAUACUGCCUCUUGGAAAGAAUUGACAAAACCUCCUCCAUGUGUAUUAUUGUCAUAAAGUCAUAAACAUCGUCGGCAUAAGAUCGUUGGUCUCCUCCAUUCUUCAAGUUUUACGUGAUCUUGUUUUUUUAAAAAUUAAGCAUUAGGUAUCGAUAUUUUUUUACCGUAAGAAAUUACAAGGGUCUAGAUACCCAUUUUCAUAGAUAUUACAUUGAUCUUUAUGUAACAAAAAUCUAUCCUUGUCGUUAAUAUGAAACAAGCUUUUAGCUCUUCAUUGAUUCAUACAAAUUUCAACAAAGAUGAUCGUCAAAUUUCUUCAUAUGGUUGUUUCUAGCGUUACGGGU